AUAAUCCUACCAACAGCCCCACAAUUGCUUCCUUUCACUCUCAUCUCGAAUGCUUCUAGAAAACCAUCCCCCAUCUUAACCUUCACCUUCAUUUUUUCUCCUUAACAACCCGCAUAAAAUUGUACCAAGCUGAGAAGAGAAGAAGGGAACUUGGUCAUGCUCCCAAAACUGACAUAGAGAACAGAGUUCUCCAGCUUGGAAUUAAGCCAUUGAAGCCAUCCUUCUUCUUCUUGUUCUGCUUUGGCAUGCCCCCUUCCAGCCUCAUCUGAAGCAUCUUGGUUCACCCAUAAGGAAAUGGGUCCUAAGCUCCAGCUCUUUGUUCCCAUGGCUGUCUUGUAAUGCUCCUGAUAAAUCCCCUCCAGGUCCUGGAAUCCAUCAAACAUAAAUUAUUCGGCCCGAGCUCUGCAAGUCUAGGGUGCUGGACCUUAAUGCAAGUGAUGACCGUGGGAUUAAUGUUGUUCGGACUAAGAUUAAAGAAUUUGCUAAUGUGGCUGUUGGCACACAUCAGCCUAAGAAGUAUGCAAAAGAAACCCAUUUUCUUUUUCUUUUUUCCAUAAAGUGCUAUGGUUUUACACCACCUGCAAGUUGGUGUGCAGAAUGCCCUGAGGCUUACGGUGGAAACUUACUCUAAAGUUACGAGGUUCCUGCUCAACCCAAAAUUUGAAGAAAAAAUUAAGUUUUUGAGCAAAGCUGAGUUGAAUAUCAAUUCCUAUAGUUUUCAAUCAAGCAUUUUGGUUUCUGAGCUUAAAGACCUGUGCUUUGGUCAUGGAGAAAGUGGUUGCUGUGAUUAUGGUGGGUGGACCCACUAAAGGAACCAGAUUUCGGCCUCUUUCCUUUAAUACUCCUAAACCCCUUUUUCCCUUUGACUGGCUGGCCAGCCAUUGGUUCAUCAUCCUAUUUCUGCUUGUAAAAAGAUGCCCAAUUUGGCUCAAGUAUAUCUUCGUCGAUUCUAUGAGGAGCGAGUUAUCAUGGAAGACAACCCAUUUUCCGCUACCAUCCUUGCUUGAUGCGCAUAAAAGAUAUGGUGGGAUGGGGACAAUGUUGGUAAUCAAGGUUUCAGCUGAAUCUGCUAGCCAGUACGGUGAGUUGGUUGCUGAUCCAACCACUAAUGAAAUGCUGCAUUAUACUGAGAAACCAGAGACAUUUGUUAGUGAUUUGAUAAAUUGCGGUGUCUACAUUUUUUCACCCCUGAUAUUUUUACUGCUAUCCAAGAUGUAUCUAUUAACCGAGAAGGCAGAGGUUGUUCCAGCAGAGGUUGUGGAGGCACUUCUUACAUCAUGCAAAAGUGUUAUUUGAGGCCAUUAUUGAAGAUGACAUAUUAGAUGAACAAAAGGCAAGAAUAUUCAAGAAGCUGGGUGAAGCAAAUAAGUGCGGCAGUGCCUAGUUGAUGGUGCUGAUGAAUAUUUGCAGCUUCUUGAUGUGGUCAGCAAUACAAUGCAAGCUUUAUGUAACAUGCCAGAAGGAUUUGCUACUUCCCAAUAUGAGCACUCCACGGUCUUUCACUAGGGACAUGGAGCAUCUUUGUCCCCCCAAGGAAAAACAACAUAAACAUCAACACUUUCUCCCUGAACGUGGAGGCUACACAACCCCAACCCAGCCCACUCUGCAAGAUAAUUGUUGUGGCAUCCAUCGCUGCCGGCAUACAAUUUGGGUGGCCUUACAACUUUUCUUGCUAACACCAUAUGUCCAACUCCUUGGUGUUCCACACAAGUGGGCUGCCUUCAUAUGGCUUUGUGACCCAAUCUCAAUUUUGGUUUUCUAGCCUGUCAUAGGCUACUGCGCCGUCCAAUGCACAUCUUGCUUUGGUCGGUGUAAGCCAUUUAUUUUGUCUAGUUCUAUCACAAUCUCCACGGCAGUGUUUCUCAUUGGAUAAACUGCCGAUCUCGGUCACUUAUUCGGGGAUGACGUGACAAAGGAAACCCGACCCCGCAUAGUGGGAUUCUUCUGUAGCAUAUUGUUCACCACGACCAAAAGCCUAUGACGAAGAAUCCCAUUGCGUAGGGUCGGGUUUCCUUUGUCAUGUCAUCCCCGAACAAGUGAUCGAAGUCGGUAGCGUAUCCAAUGAGAAACACUGCUGUGGAGACUGCGAUGGAACCAGACAAGAUAAAUAAAUGGCUUACGACGACCAAAGCAGGAUGUGCAUUGGUCGCCGUAGUAGCCUACGACAGGUUGGACAACCAAAAUUGAGAUUGGGCCACAAAGCCAUAUGAAGGCAGCCCACUUGUGUGGAACGCCAACGAGUUGGAUAUAUGGUGUAAGGAAAGUUGUAAGGCCAUCCAAAUUGUAUGCCGGCAACGAUAGAUGGCACGACAAUUAUCUUGCAGAGUGGGCUGGGUUGGGGUUCUUGCAAAAGUGGUAAUUUUGAUUUAGCAAACAAGGAGGUCAGCGAUUUCAUCGCAGAGGGAUAUCCAGCCUCUCAGAUGCUAACUCAGUUAUUUGAGGUCAUUAUUGAAGACGACAUAUCAGACGAAAGAAGGCAAGAAUAUUCAAGAAGCUGGGUGAAGCAAAUAAGUGCCUAGUUGAUGGUGCUGAUGAAUACUUGCAGCUUCUUGAUGUGGUCAGCAAUGCAAGCUUUAUGUAACAUGCCAGAAGGAUUUGCUUACGAGGGUUAAACAUUAUAUAGUCAGCGUGUUAAUUCCCUAGGUUCAAUUAUUCUGCUGCAAGAAAAAUAAACUGGUGAAAUUCUGUAUAAUGAAAUCAGACUUGGGCCCCGUUGUUAAUUUUGUGUAGAAUUGAAUUUUGAAGAAUUAAUCCUCGGUAAUUGAACUCAAGUAUGGUCCCAGUAACAAGCAAGUCUUCUAAAUACUAGCCUAGGACAUUCUUAAUUGCAAAUUUAAGGCUGCAGUUUGAAAAUUUAAUAUAUAACGGAAGAAUUUUGCUACUUUUGCAAUCAUAUUUAAAACACUUACGUACUUCCCUUUCCUUUC